UCCCGCGUCGGCCAGUGUGAGAAGCAGCGAGUAGGCGACGCCGCUGCAACUGUGGCGCGUCCGAUCUCCGGGCCGUGCGUGGCCUCACUGCCGGGAACCGCGCCCCAGUUAUUUUCUCCAGAAAGAAGAAAACAUUGAUACCUUGCAUCCUGGAAGUUCAUUUAGGAAUCUGAAAUCAGGGACUUCUUUAUAAUUUGGACAUGGCUAAUCGAGGAGCAACAAGACCCAACGGGCCAAAUACUGGAAAUAAAAUAUGCCAGUUCAAACUGGUACUUCUAGGAGAGUCUGCUGUUGGCAAAUCAAGUCUGGUGCUUCGCUUUGUGAAAGGCCAAUUUCAUGAGUUUCAAGAGAGUACCAUUGGGGCUGCCUUUCUAACCCAAACUGUGUGUCUUGAUGACACAACAGUAAAAUUUGAAAUAUGGGAUACAGCUGGCCAAGAACGGUAUCAUAGCCUAGCACCAAUGUACUACCGAGGAGCACAAGCCGCCAUAGUUGUGUAUGAUAUUACAAAUGAGGAGUCCUUUUCGAGAGCAAAAAACUGGGUUAAAGAACUUCAAAGGCAAGCGAGUCCUAAUAUUGUGAUAGCUUUGUCAGGAAACAAGGCUGACUUAGCAAAUAAAAGAGCUGUUGACUUCCAGGAAGCACAGUCCUAUGCAGAUGACAACAGCUUAUUAUUUAUGGAGACAUCAGCUAAGACACCAAUGAAUGUAAAUGAAAUAUUUAUGGCAAUAGCUAAAAAGCUGCCAAAGAACGAACCACAAAAUCCAGGCGCAAACUCAGCCAGAGGACGAGGAGUAGACCUUACUGAGCCUGCACAGCCAGCCAGAAGCCAGUGUUGUAGUAACUGAACUCCAGUGUCAACUUCCUAAAUGGCAAAAACCAUGGAAUUGGGAGCAUUUAGCCGGCCCAGUGUGACUUCCAAAAAGAGACUAUGGUAGAAUCAAGUUUCUAAUACUGAAUUAUUUUGAGUGUUUUGAACUUAAUUUUUAAUAACAUGCAUGUGUUCCUCCAGCAGUAGAAAGGAAAAUGAGAACUGUGUAUACACUUGUUCCAUGGGAAAUUGCAGGGGAACAGUUCAUCUCCAGUGGGCAUGGACCCACUCUUAACCCACCCAGUCUCCAAACUGGGAUGAUAGUCAGGUAUGGAAGAUUCAAAAUUACUAAUGUAUGCUUUAGAAAAACAUUUUUAGAAGACUAAAAAUAUUUAUGCUUAGCAACAAAAGCCAAGCAAAUGGUAAUUUUCUUUGAUUGUCUUAAAAAGCCUACAUUUCACAUAUUAAUAAAGUAAUCCCAAGAAAACAGUCCUAUAUCUCCAGAAAGAAGGAAUAUUGGUGGCAUCUUAAUUUUAUUCAGUCAUGUUACUUCUUAAAAUUUAAUUGAAGAAAAAAAAGUCAUGUAACCCCAUCCUGUUUUAGGAAUAUAAAAACUGAUAAGUGCAUUUUAAUGGAUAGUGGUCCCUUCAUAGGAGCUUCUUUUUAAGACAAAGUGGAAACAAACCAGGUAUCUGCUUUCUAUUUAAUCACUGUUGGCUAUUACAUAGAGGUCUGUCUAGAACAGGGAGGGGGCUCUGCUUCCCUUUGGACAUGAUUAGUCAGUGCACUAACCAUUAUGUACAUUCAAACUUGAUUAUUUUAAAUAUUCAGCUGUACUGUAAAUAGAGUACUGCAUUGUAGUCUCCAUAUGUUUAUUAUUUCCUGUAAUAUUUAAGAAUUGCCUAAACAUAUACAAAAUGUACAGUUACUAAAACAGCUAAUUAUUUCUUUCUCCCCCUAUGAAAGGAAGGGGCUUUGCUGUUCUUACAUGCUAGAACCAUAAUAAACACCGUACUUGCAAUUUGUAACGUAAGUAUUACAAUGUUAUUAGUAAUCUUGAAGCCUUGUUUUUUGAAGUCCAUUUUAUUUUAAUCAGUAUAUUGCACUAAUUAUUUUAGGUAUUUUCAUUAUAUGAAAUCUACCAUGUGUCAGAUGAUUUAAUCUAUUUAAGUGUUGAUCUGCUAGCAGAACGUGUACAUUUUACAGUAACUCAAAAUUAGUAAGGAGAACAGCUCACCAGUGUUUAGUUUUAUAUUGAGGUGCUCAGGUUGGAAUAAAGUGGUGUAAAAAGCAAAAAAAAAA